CACCGGAAGUAGGACAUUGCGUCACUGAAGUGGAGAAUUCAAACUUCGACAACAGGACAUCACUGAGCGAGAGGGCUGUAAAUAUUACAAAUACCCAAGUAUAUAUUUCCACAUUCGUGAUUAUUUUUUGCUUUCCUCACUAUAUCCAAGUGUUGUAUUUGAGCUGGAAGGCUGUGUUUUCGGUGAGAUGGACAGCGCGGCGGAACUCCUCAAGUACUAUGAAGUCUACGAGACCAUCGGCUCGGGAGGCUUUGCUAAGGUCAAGCUGGGUCGCCACAUCCUGACGGGAGAGAAGGUGGCCAUUAAAAUCAUGGAGAAGAAGGAACUGGGGGAGGACCUUCCUCGUGUGAAGGUGGAGAUAGAGGCCAUGAAGAGUCUGAGCCAUCAGCAUGUCUGUAGACUGUACCACGUUAUCGAGACGGAUACCAGGAUCUACAUGAUCCUAGAGUAUUGUCCGGGAGGAGAGCUGUUUGACUACAUCAUCGCUAAGGACCGUCUGUCUGAAGAGGAGACCAGAGUGUUCUUCAGACAGAUCGUCUCAGCUCUGGCCUACGUCCACAGCCAGGGGUACGCCCACAGAGACCUGAAACCGGAGAACCUGUUGAUAGAUGAAGAUCACAACCUGAAACUGAUAGACUUUGGUCUCUGUGCCAAACCAAAGGGGGGUCUGGGAUAUGAGCUGAUGACCUGUUGUGGAAGUCCAGCCUAUGCUGCUCCUGAACUCAUCCAGGGUAAAGCCUACAUCGGCUCGGAGGCUGAUGUGUGGAGUAUGGGGGUGCUGCUGUUUGCUCUGCUCUGUGGAUAUCUGCCCUUUGAUGACGACAACUGUAUGGUCCUCUACAGGAAAAUCACCAGAGGUAGUUACAACAACCCUCAUUGGCUGUCUCCUGGGAGCAUCCUGCUACUCAACCAGAUGAUGCAGGUGGAUCCUAAGCAUCGUGUGACCAUCAGACAACUCCUAGACCAUCCCUGGACGAUGUCUGGCUAUGGCACCCCUGUAGAGUGGCACAGCAAGCAACCUUUGGGUUAUAUAGAUGAGGACUGCAUCACUGAGAUGUCCGUCAGCCUGAAGAUCUCGAGACAGAGCACCCUACAGCUGGUCAAUGAGUGGAAGUACGACCAGACCACUGCCACCUACCUGUUGCUGCUCUCUAAGAAACAGAGAGGGAAACCUGUCCGGAUCAGGCCUCAACUUCCUGUCUGUGAUGUCAUGUCCUGUUCACCUCAACGCCUGGGAGUACAGACUCUACUCUUCGAUGAUGAUGAUGAUGCUGAGGACCGUUGCUAUGACGACGACCUGCCCUGGGUUCCACUCACACCCCAGCAAGAGAGAGCGACAUGUCCAUCAACUGAAAAGAGGCGGGAUCAGACUAAACACGCCCCCACUCCGGAGAGGGAGCCAAUCGCACACCACCACCGUCACCAGGAGAGGCGGGACCGAUGCCGGGAACGGACCAAUGAAAACAAAGAGAACGUUGCCGUGGCCAAUAAGGAUGCAGAUAUAUUUGCUUUGCCCGCCCCCCGAUCCCCAGUAGCCAAUAGGAAGGCAACUCGGCCCAAUAAGAGGGUCUUGACGACACCAACCCAUAAUAACACCAACAAGGUUGGCAACAAGGUUGACACACCCCAAGGAGGAGGCAGUACUUGUAAGGACCCGUCGAAGAAGAGACCGAGGGAGAGAGUGGAAGGAAAGGAGGAAGAAGAGAUGGAGAUGCUGGCCUUCAGCCCAGAGAGAAGGUCCCGGUCGUUAGACCUGGCGGGGGCGUCUCGGGGGGACAGCAGCCAGAAGAGAAGGGGGGGGAAGGUUUUCGGCAGUCUGGAGAGAGGGCUGGAUAAAGUCAUCACCUUGCUCACACCCAGCAAGAGACGAGGGCUGCGGGACAGACCACGCAGGAUCAAGGCCCAGUAUAAUGUAACGUUGACCAGUCAGACCAACCCAGACCAGGUGUUGAACCAGAUCCUCUCCAUUCUACCGGAGAAACAUGUAGACUUCGCACAGAAAGGCUAUACUCUGAAGUGUCGCACCCAGGGGGACUUUGGGAAGGUGAACAUGGCGUUUGAGCUGGAGGUGUGUCUGCUGCACAGACCUGAGGUGGUGUGUGUGAGGAGACAGAGGCUGAAGGGAGACUCCUGGGUUUACAAACACCUGGUGGAGGACAUUCUCUCUACGUCCAGCAUCUAGACGUCACUAUUUCCUGUCGAUGAUGUCACAUCCUGUCCACGUUCCAGCACCUAAAGCCGGUGUCUUAACUAAUUCCAUGUUGGGCAGAGUGUCUGCAGGUUCACUCCUCCCCUCACCUGGUUGUCUAGGACCUCACCUGGUUGUUUAGGACCUCCCCCUCACCUGGUUGUCUAGGACCUCCCUCUCACCUGGUUGUCUAGGACCUCCCCUCACCUGGUUGUCUAGGACCUCCCCUCACCUGGUUGUCUAGGACCUCACCUCACCUGGUUGUCUAGGACCUCCCCUCACCUGGUUGUCUAGGACCUCCCCUCACCUGGUUGUCUAGGACCUCCCCUCACCCGGUUGUCUAGGACCUCCCCUCACCCGGUUGUCUAGGACCUCCCCUCACCUGGUUGUCUAGGACCUCCCCUCACCUGGUUGUGUCUAGGACCUCACCUGGUUGUCUAGGACCUCCCCUCACCUGGUUGUCUAGGACUUCAUACUGACACAUUAAAAAGUGAAAUAACUAAAACCAGCAGAUGACUGCCCUCCAUGGAAUGAGUUUGGACACCUUCUGAUCUAGUGCCUUUCGACAGAAGCACAGAUCCAGGAACAGUCUCCAUUUCCUCAACCUUAACUAGUGUAGUAUAAGUUAACUACUAGGGGGGGGGAUCUGCAUGAAAACUGACCUGAGAUCAGUGUCGUGUUUUAUAAGAUGACCACUUCCUCUCUUUUACAGGUGACAUUCCUUUCCUCCUUAAACAUGUGUCGCUUUGUAUUCCU